AUGACGGGGAGUCAAAAAGGCUUCAUAUCGUACUUAAAAAAGAAAUUUCCUGAUGUGCUUGCUGUACAUUGCGUUAUACAUCGUCAGCAUUUAGUUGCUAGACAUUUAAGUGAACGACUGUUUCAACCAUUGCAACAUGUCAUCAGAGAAGUCAAUAAAAUCCGAAACAACUCUUUAAAUGACAGAUUAUUUAAUCAGCUUUGUGUUGAUAAUGAUGAAGAUUUCAACGGAUUGAUCUUUCACACAGAAGUGCGUUGGCUAUCAAAAGGAAAUUGUCUGACUCGUUUUUACAAUCUGUUUGACUCUGUCAUAGAGUUCUUGGAAAACAAAGACAGAGAAAUGAGGCGAAAACCUCAUCACAUCAAAGAAUGA